AUGGUGUUAAAACGGCAGAAACAAAAAAUGGGAAGUCAUCAAGUCAAGUCAAAGCCUGUAGGAGAUGCUAGCCUGGAUGAUACAGCUGGUGACCUGCCAACAUCCAUGUCCAGAAGUAAGACCAUGCCCACCCUUGGCCGUCCUAAGAUAUCUCGUAAAAUGCCUGCCACUUCCAACCCCUCAGGUGUUAUCAGCACAGAUCGGCUGAAGCACGCCAAGGAAACAGCAGAACGAGCAAUCAAGCAACGAAAGAUCUUCACCAUUCAAGGAGGAUAUUCUGGGGUAAGACAAAGUCUACGUAAGAGGGGCUGGGUGGAAAAGUUCUAUCGAAUCCAAGGACCACCCAAGAAAACUCGGCGGAAACGUAGAAAAACUGUAGAUGGAGAUGAUGAUUCAGAUGAUGAUGAUGAUGAUGAUGACGAUGAUGAUGACGAUGAUGAUGAUACAGAUAGUGAUAAUGAUCAGCCGAAGAUAGCUCCGUGGGAUGAGGAUGAUGGAAUCUACGGUAUCAUGUCACGUAUCGUUCGUAAUGUCAACCCUACAUUUAUCUGGGUGCUGAAGAGAGACAUCGUGGACUACAGAUUCCUUACUAAAGACCAGAUGGUGAAUCACUUCUGUAAAGCUGGGUCGUUCACAACAAAAGUUGGUUUAACAGUCAAUAUGAGAAAUGUGCCGUGGUUUGACAAUUCGGAUCCUGAAGGAUUUUUCCCUCGAUGUUUUCGUUUAAGUCAUGAAGAAGAAAAAAAUGCUUUUAUAGAUGAUUACCGUCAGACAGCCUGCAUGAAUGUGCUUAAAGCUGUCAGCGCCCACUACAUGGAGGCUGGACUUUCAGAGGGAGGCGGCGAUGAGGAGGAGAAACGUGAUGUUGGUAAUGAGAAGGAGAGCUCCACUCCCUUCAUCUGUACUGACCCUGAAUGUACGCGUUCACGACCAGGAAACAAUUCUGGAAAUUUGUGUGUACACGCACUAGAGAAACAGAAACUGCUGGAGAGGGAGAAAUCUGAGCUUAAGGAUAAAGUGCCCAAUCUGCCGAAAGUGUCAACGUCAAGGUCGGACAAGUCAACCUCAUCAUUUAAAAAAUUAAUGAAGAAGAAGAAACGGGUAGUAGUUCCACUCCAGUGCCUCGAGCGUGCCAUGCAGCAGUGUGAACGGUACUUGGAGGAGAAGGAGCAUGAUGACAUUGAUGUCAUGUCAGCUACCAAUGAGCUGACACAGGCACAGUGGGACGAGUUAUUGGUGUGGUACUACCAGCUGUGCCAUGAUGGAGGUGUGAUCUCUGGUGUACCUGAGAACAUGCUGACAGAGGUGGAGAAUCUCACCAAUCGUCUCAAGUCAAAACACACACAGUAUGAACUAGAUGGAAUGAGGAAUGUAUGGAUUGUUAAACCUGGUGCCAAGUCACGGGGCAGGGGAAUUGUGUGUUAUGAUAAAUUGGAUGAUAUGCUGAAACUAGUCAACAGUCAGGUGGUGAGAAAGGACAACAAAUAUGUUGUACAGAAAUACAUAGAGCGCCCCCUGCUGAUUUACAACUGUAAGUUUGACAUACGUCAAUGGUUCCUGGUAACAGACUGGAACCCUCUGACCCUGUGGUUCUACCAGGAUAGCUACCUCCGAUUCUGUUCCCAGGAAUAUACCCUUGAUGAUUUUGAUGAGUCCAUUCAUUUAUCGAACAAUGCUAUACAGAAAAAUUAUAAGAACGGCCAACGAAAUUCCAACCUGCCGUCAGACAACAUGUGGACACAUGAACAGUUCAAGGACUACAUCAAGACAAAGAACAAGGGGAAUCUGUUUGAUGAACUAAUUUAUCCUGCGAUGAAGAAGGCCAUCAUCUGUUCACUGUUAUGUACACAGGAUCUGAUUGAAUAUAGAAAGUCUUCGUUUGAGCUAUAUGGUGCUGACUUUAUGUUGACGGAUGAUUACCGUCCGUGGUUGAUAGAGAUCAAUUCUAGUCCCAGUAUGGAGAAUAGCACGGCGGUCACCUCUCGGCUGUGUAAUAAUGUUCUAGAGGACACCCUCAAAGUGGUGAUAGACCGCAAAUACGACAGAAAUUGUGAUGUAGGUCGGUUUGAAUUAGCCUACAGACAGCCAGUGGUAACUGUUCCACCCUACAUAGGGAUCAGUUUGUGUGCGGAAGGCACUGGUGUCCGUAAGCCUGUUGGAUUUGUGAAACGACCAGCAGAAAACGGUGAUGGACAACAUUACUUUUCCCCUCGGAAAAAUCAGGGUAACCAGGACAACAACAAGGACUCAAAUAAUAAGAGUUUUACCUGUACAGGUGUGACUCGUCGGCCGCGGAGUGAGAACAAUGACAGUGUCACCCACAAAACCACAACUGUUAACUCGGCACCAGCCAAGGCAACCAAAUCAUCCAAUCAGGAGGCCUCUUCUGUCUAUUAUCACGCUGCACGUAAUCAGCGCAAGAACAAUAUGAACAGUAAUACUAAAAACACUGUAUCCGCUAAUAUCAGAAAGUCACCAACAACAGGCAACAGCCAUGUUAUACUGUCCAGUAGUAACUCCAGCAAUCACUCGGACUCAGACCGGGGAGGAGACAGGGAUGUCACGCGGGAUGUGUCUGUGUUUAAUAAGGAGAACAAUCACCCACUGCAGGCUUCAUCUUUUCCUCGACCAGAAAAGUCAUCUUCUCUACCAUCGACCAUGGGCAGUAAUUACAUCACAAGCAUGCCAGGCAAAAAAAUUGUGUCAAAGACUUCUGUGUCAAGUAACUACAGUAUUCCUGCUGACAAGUUGGAUCGACCUACACUGGCAGUGAACAAUGUAGAAUCUACAGAUCUACAGACUAUCAAACCAUCAGCCUCCAACUCUUCUAACACAAAAGGUGUAAGUCCUUUAAUUGAUGGUGCCUGGGCUCGAACUUGUACCGAGUGUGGGAGCGGCAAUAAUCUCCAUCUUGAUUUCAACAAGCCACAUUGUAAAUGUCGCCAAGAUAGUGUGUGUAUCCCGCCAGGGUGUGAGCGUUCCCGUAGCGCUCGAGGCUUCUUCCCUCGCCCACGUAGUAGCUACGGAUCGCCUAGGCCCCCGAGUGCUUGCUCGAAUACAGUGAAUGCAAAGAGUGGUAGUUCCUCUACAAGCUUGGCCAUAGUUGCAACCGCUGCAAAGACAAACAACAAAAUUCUCCUCAAAUUUUCUGAUGGAGGAAUUCAGAGGCCGGUGUCACCAAUGAACUCUAUUUCAAAUCCGCUUCCCAAAAUUGUCCGACGUUAUAUUGGUCGUAAAGUCGCUCAGUGUCACGAAAUAUCCUCUAGUGCCAAUCACAUGUCUGCUGUGUUUUUGGACACCACUCAGUUACAUAACCCACUCUCUAUAGUAUCUCAUGGGGUCUAUAAUACAUCCAGGUAGUCAACAAUCAUACACUUAGCCAGUACUUUUGUAUUCAUUUAAGAGCAAGGUGUAUUAUAUUACCUGUUGAAUUUUGAUAUCAGUAACUAAUAACUAAUCCGUCUCCACCAACGCACUAAAAUCACCCAUUCUCAUUGCCGCCAUAAAAGUUGAUAUAAUACUUUCAUUUAAAUUACUUUGCAAAAAAAAAUAUGAA